AGCUUAAGCUCGAUGACGGUGUCACCUUUAGGAUUCAACAUCUGGUGGUAGCCGAUUUCUACAACGAAGUCUUUUCUGGGAUCACUCCGGUUCUCUUCGCACCCAGGACUUCCGGCGUGGCUGUGCUCGAGGCUUUCCAGGCGGCUUUCAUCAGCAAAGCCUGCUUUCCGGCUUCCCAUGGGGCUGCCUACCUGGGAGCUGUACGGCGCCCAGCCCUGUUCCCAGGAACGAACACCUACUCGCUGUCCUCGUCCAUUCCCAGCGACCUUAAAAACGGCAGCAACACCUGCAGCAACAGCACCCAGGCAGCUCCCAUGGAGCGGUGCUGGGCACACGUGGCCUACUGCAACGAUUUUGCUUGCAACUCCACCACGACGUCCGUCAGCGCUCCGCUUACAACGGUGCAGACAGGCUACAUGCUCCACUUGGUGGAGACCUACAUGCUGUGCGAGAAGGAGAUGUCACAGCUUUGCAUCACUACCUACAACGCUUUCGGUUGCUUGGCACUCACGUUAGGGUUCCCGUUCCCCUCUGCGCCUCCGCCUCCACCACCACCUCCACCCGCCAACGCCACCAUCGGCACCGCUAAUGGGACUAGCGGCGUCGAUUCUGGUGGCACUGCCAAUGGAACGAGCUCCGGCGGCGCCAGUAGUGACAAGGGCAGUCCCGGCUCUGAGGUCAGCAACAUUGGCAAUGGCAGCCAGCACAAGAGUGGGCGAAAUGUUGGAGCUGCUGUGGGUGGCUCUCUCGGAGGCGCGGCGCUUGUGGCCCUGCUGGUGAUGGCGGCCUUUCUGGUGGUCCGGCGCCGUCGACGGCAGCAGGCGUACCGAGACGCGGACUCUCAGGAUCAGCUGCACUCUGCUGGUGCGGAGACAACGGAGAGCCCAGGACAAUCUACUGACAGCCAUGUGGCGCUGGCCGUUCUCGGCCAUGCUAUGACUUGCGAGCGGAAGGGCGCAGCCGUGACGAAGGGCGUUGCAGAACCUGACGGCAAGGCAGCAACCCACGGAAAUGGCUGCGACACAGCGGAUAAGGGCCGGCCGCAGACGAUACUGCCACAAAAGAUGAUGGAGGCUGGCAGUUUCAGCGCCGAUUGCGGACAGAACAGCAAUGGCACGAGUGACAUCACGCCCGGUAGCGGUGUCACAACGACCAUUACCGUUACAUCCACCAGAACAGUAACUGUCACAACCACUGCAACGAACACCGGUAGCUCGCUCGACAAGUACAAGCCCGGAACUGUGUGUGUUGUCCCAGCUGCCUAUGGAGAGUCCACCGACAUGACAACAGAAACGUCAACCGACAAGCAUUCCGAGGUGCCAACUGGGGACACACUGAGGGACACUGCAACGCCCAGCACAAUUGAAAACGCAGCUACAACGCUUUCCAAAGGAGAUGGCGAUGGUGAAGAAAAAGACGAGGGCGAAGCAGCCCUGCAGGAGCUCCACGUCGUGGUUACGCCGCUAACCCCGCUGCGCGCCGACUUUGACCUCAACCCCAAUCUGGCAACAGAGGUGACCAUGCUGCCAGUUGUUCGCGGCAAAGGCAGCUUUGGAACGGUGCGUGAAGGCCGUUACGGUGGAGAGCGAGUGGCAGUGAAAGUUCUGCGUGACGCCUACAUCGCCAGCUGCGGUGCUGCCCCGGUCGCAGCAGCAGAUCCUGGAACGGCUGCUGCAGCUCCCGGCACUGCUGCUGCCGUCGGUGCAGCUGCUGCUCAGAUGCUCGCUGGUGGUGCUGCAGCCGGCGGAAAAGCAGCCAUGGCGGGUGCUGAGCUGCGUGAGGCGUUGAGGACGUUUGAGCAGGAGGUGGCAGUUCUGGGUCGUUGCAACCACCCCAAUGUCGUACGGCUGCUGGCUGCAUGCGUGCAGCCGCCGCGGACGCUUCUGGUAAUGGAGCUCAUGGAAACCAGUUUGGGCCGGCUGUUGUACGGCAGGCCAGGACAGCUGCUGCCGCUGCCCAAGGUGCUGCACAUUGGUACGGAGAUUGCGCGGGCGCUGGAGUACCUGCACCCCACCAUUGUGCACCGUGACCUAAAGCCCGACAACGUGCUGAUCAGCCAAGCUGACUCCCCUCAUCCCCAAGUCAAGGUGUCGGACUUUGGUCUGUCGCGGCUUCGCAGCACCGUCAUGCCCACCACCAACCCUGGAGCUGGAACGCCAUCCUACCUGGCACCGGAGUGCUUCGACACGAACUCUGCCGUCAUAACUCAUCAUGUCGAUAUGUACGCUUGGGCGGUGGUCGUCUGGGCUAUGUUGACUGGCCAGGAGCCGUGGAAGGGCUACAGUAUCGUUGCCAUCGCUUACAAAGUGGUCCUCCAGGACGAGAGGCUACCCCUGGCGGAGGCGGUGUCCUCGGGGCGCUGCCCGCCACGGCUGCAACGGCUGCUGGAGCGCUGUUGGAGCCGGGAGCCGGCGCGGCGGCCAGCAGCAGCUGAGGUGGUUAAGGAGAUGAUGCUAGUCGCACAGCAGCAGGCUUCGUAGCCACGUAGCUGAAAUAGACCCAUGGGUCAGCUGCAGUUGCAAUUCCUACGCCAGACAUGAGCGCCUCUCCUACGCGCGCCGUUUACUCACUUCGCACAGUUGUUAUUGCACAAGCCGUAUGCGAUGUCUGGGGUACCGGUGUGCUUCACUGAAGGCUUCCUGUCUCUCGGAUUCGCGUUUCCUUACGCGCACACUGGACGCAGUGGUCCUGUCCUCAAUUUGUCGAACUCCGAUUCCUCUACUUGUGUAAUUAAGUUGGACGUGUUAGAGAUGAUGCCAUGCGUGCCAGGCAACUCGGGCAUCGCAAAGUUUUCGUUUACUGCUUUGCUUGUUGUUAUGUGGAGGGUGCCGGGUGUAGGGGGAUUCAGGCGUGUUCCGCUCUGCUUUGGUGAAGCUUUGGUGAAUUUCGUGGAUACGACUUCGAGAGACAAGAGACAAAGACAAGAAAAAAUCGGUGUGGUAGAAUUGCGCUGUCAAGCGGAGCACAUUUCCUUUAAAUUCCUUGAAUUGCUCAAGUUGGCCGUGCUUUGGUUUCUUUAGUUGGCCACUGUGAUGGUAAGAUGUUUUAGAAUUGAAGCGGGUGAUUGCGGUACUGAAGGGACGUGACAGGAAGGGUGGCUUGGUGUUGUUUGGCGCGGUAUAGCGUUUGGUAAUUGCUGUCAAUGGGACUCCGUCUAGGCUGCUUGAAAGCUUUGACUUUGCCUGCCGAGGACAAAGGAUCAGCCAAAAACGGCUAUAACGGCCUGCUUAAACUCCUGUAGCACUGUGUUGGGAGUGCUGCUGUCGACAUUUGUAUAGUGGGGAACAUGGCCCUUCCAACGUAGUCACUGCUGGUUGGGCGGAAUCCUCCAAAGCAUGCAUCAUCUUGUUUAGGACGUGGUGUUGUUUAGCGGAAACGUGCUGCCACUGACAACGGGCGUUUCCGACUAAUUGCUUCAAGAUAUCCUGCUUGGGCAAACGCCCUUUGCAUCGUACUACUGAUGAUGGGGUGGUGGCCAAUCUCUGGGCUAGAUAUUGCGUCCCUCAACCUGCUCGUUAGCUACUGCUUCCAAUGGAAACCACCGCUGGAAGCAUAUAGCCUAACAACACUUUUUCUUGCAGCCCCAGCGGCUUGUUACUUUGUCUAGAACAUGUGGGAUGUUGGCUUAGCCUGGUUACCGUGACUUGCCUCUUGGGGGACCGCCGCCUUGGGUUUGUGAGGGGUUUUGGUCGUAUGUCUCCAACAAUCUGAUAGCAAGUGUUUUCCUGUGCACUGGUGGCGCGCCCAUGAGGUUUGUGCGCUGCAUAAGCAAUCCUAUUCGGUACGGUACGGACGAUGCUCCAUGUGGAAGAGCCCCUCAUGCAAGCUGCACGGCAGCCUUGGGGUUGUGUGCGGGUUUUGGGACGAGCAGACAUGCGAGGUAGCCAUCCAUGAGGGCAAGUAGUAUGUUUGGGAAACACCGUGGUUGUGGAUAUGAGUGGCGGAUGGAAAAUGGUAGUAGGCAGGGGGGAUAGUUUCGCCGCAAAAUGA